AUGACACUGUCGUUGCCGUUGUCACUGGCGCUGCUGAUUAUGAUGAUGCUGAGUGAUGCAUUAAGUUCAUCCGAUGCUGAAACAAUACCGCCUGUACCUCCGCCACCGGCCAUGAAACGCAAUGGUAGCAUACGCAGUCUACGCUUGUUGCAACAUCUGCAACAACAGCAUCAACAGCAACAACAACAUCAACAACAGCAGCAACAACAACAUCAACAGCAUCAAAUAAAUCCAAGAUCAUCCUCCAUACAUUGUAAUGGCAAACAAACAAUGGCGGCCCAAGACAACGCACAGCACCUUCAACACUCGAACAACAACAAUACCCACAACAAUAGCAACAGCGCCAACAACAACCAUAGCAGUGGGUCCAUUGCCACCCUGUGUAGCGGUGAUUUACUGAACGACUGUGCCAAAAGUGUUCACGAUGUAAGGGCUGUGAUUGACGACUGCACCACUUCCAUAUUGAAGUGUGCCAAUGCUGUGAGUUCGGACAUCAUGUCGACGACCAGUACAACGACAAACGGAAGCUAUAAGCCGCAGCAUGCAGCCACACUGGCCACCCUGGCCACGCACAGUAAACCCGAUGUCUGUCAUGUAACAAAGAGUUCGGCUGCUGCCGCUCCAUUUGGUCACUAUCCCCCGCCCUAUCCCGUGCACGAUGACAUCAUCGUACCCCGUAGCCAAAAGUCAGAUCCCUCGCUGUGCUUUCUGCACAAGAGUUCAUCGGGAGCCAUAAAUGUGGGACCACCGCCGCUGCUGCCGCCGUCAAUGAUGGGCGCUUAUCAUACCACAGAUUUCCAUCUGUCACAGCGCGACUUGCAACAGAAGCUGCAACAGUACAAGAACAGCAGCCGGCUGAGCCUUAGUAAAUACAACACCAUAGGACCGAGCAGUGACUAUGCCCGCCAGCUGGCACUAUACUCCUCACAGCAACAGCAGCAGCAACAGCAAUCCUUAUCCCAGUAUCCUUUUCAGCAACCACAAACUCAAUAUGCCACAAUGCGUCCUUUGGGUGCCGGCGAACGUUGUCGCUGUUUCUCGAAAUCAUGGUCGAAUUUUUCGCGUGAUUUCAUGCAAUCGUCGCUGUGUGCCAACCACGACAAUCACGCCAUGCCGCAGCAACAGCAGAUCUUCCACACCGGCUCGACCGCUGCCACGGGCAAAGGUAGGCCUGAACCAACAGCCAGUUCCCUAUUGAGGUCAUCGUCCGCCUAUAAUAGUCGUAGUUUCAAUAAUCUUGCCGACAUUAUGGACAAUUACAGUUAUGACACGAUGACAUCUUCAUCACUACUGCAUCAACAUCCCCAUCAUCACAAAAUGCAUGGCAACAAUUCACAGAUUUGCAACGGCACCACCACCACCAACAACGCCACCACCCUCAUAUCGAACAACAACGGCAACAGCAGUAGUAGUGGCCUUAAAGAUAACAAACUGUUACACGGUCAACAUCAGCAUCUCCAUCAGCACUAUCCCCCCACACAGCACAAAGAUUUCCAUUGUAAUGAUCAUCUGGUGGUCGACGGCCAUCAGCAUCACCAUCAUCAUGCGCUGGUGGGCAGCGGCAGUGGCCAUUUGCUUAAAUCGGCCUCGCUGUCAUCGGAGAAGUUUCAUCAGAGCAAUGGCACAGGCAAUCACCACCAUCAUCCGGCCCAUCAUUCAAGUUUGACUAGCAUAAUGCCCUGGAAACAUCGACAGAGUCCUAGUCGUGGUUCUUCCAGUUCGGGUACUAAUUCAUUUCGAUUCGAUGCUGCAAAACAUUGGCUGGCUGUUAGUUCGAUACUUUUAAUAAUCGGUGCUGCAAGCGUUGCAGUGCCAUUGGCUUUAAGAGUGGCUGCAAGUGCUCCAUUCGAAGAACGUCUACGUGUUGCCCUACAACUAUUAGAUCAAGUGCCUUUAAUUGAUGGGCAUAACGACCUACCCUGGAAUAUACGAAAGUUCCUGCACAAUAAACUGAAUGACUUUAACUUUAAUGAAGAUCUCAGAGAAGUUGCGCCCUGGAAACGCAGCCACUGGAGCCACACCGAUUUGAUACGACUGAAAAAGGGCAAAGUAUCGGCCCAGUUCUGGGCUGCCUAUGUUCCAUGUGAGGCCCAACAUCGAGAUGCAGUACAACUAACAUUAGAACAAAUCGAUGUUAUCAAACGUUUGACAGAUCGUUAUUCACCGCAACUGACGACCUGCACCUCAGCACAAGAAAUCAUCGAAGCCCACAAGAACCAUCAGCUUUGUUCGCUGACAGGCGUUGAAGGUGGACAUUCGUUGGGCGGUUCAUUGGCUGUGCUGAGGACUCUAUAUGCCAUCGGUGUUCGGUAUAUGACACUGACAUCGACGUGUCACACACCAUGGGCGGAUUCCAGUUAUGCGGAUGCACCAACGUUCAACGUUAAACAUGGAGGUUUAACGAUAUUUGGCAAGCACACCAUUCUACAACAAUACUAA